UAUAAUUUCUAUCGUUUAACUUUAUUCAAUAAUAGCGAAUUAAUUGCUAUUCAUUAGAAAGGAUAAUAGCAAAGAAAUUGUUUUGAAGCAAUGAACGAAUCAAAGAGAAAGGGGAAGGCACCAAUGAUGUUUGAAGAAAUAUUGGACAUGAAAGGACCCAAGUGGUGCACCCAUCCAAUUGAACUACCAGUUGGGUGCAAUAUACAGGAUUUGCGAAGGUUAGAGAGGAGAACAGAACCAUUGAAGCCACCUUCAGGAUUUCAUUUUGCACCUACAGAUGAGGAACUCGCUUUCAGAUACCUCCUGAGCAGAAAGCUCCGCAACUUAGUUCCUUAUGAUGGCGUAAGGGAUGCCAUUGUGUAUGAAACGCGCCCAGAGAUACUAGUCCAGAAACAUGAAAAAUGGGCAGCAGACGGUAAAUGGUACUUCUUCACCACCAGAGAACCUAAGUACCCCAAAGGCUCUCGUCCUGCACGCCACACUCACGACGGAGCCGGAUACUGGAAAGCUACCGGAUCGGACAAGCAUAUGCAAUGCCCUGGAAACUAUUUUGCACUGAGGAAACUUCUGGUGUAUUAUCUAGGAAACUAUCCUCAUGGUACAAGGACCAAAUGGGUCAUGGGUGAGAUCAUACUCGUCGAUAACAACAAAGAACCCAAUUAUAAUUUGGCAUUAUGUAUCAUCACGAAGAGACAAGAGGAGGAGGAUGUAGAAAACGGAGAGCAAGCAAGUGAUCAAUUAGAACAUAAUCAAGAAGUUGAUAAGAUGGGAUGUUUACUCUCCCACUGAUGAUACUAAAAAGAUCGAUCGGUUUGAAUCUCGGGGGAUGUCUACACGGGACCGAUGAGACUUUGAGAAUUUCGUUUUGCUUUGAAAAAGAAGUCAAAAACCUAGAUUUUUGUACACACUAGUUUCAGUUUCUGGUUUAUGCAGCUCUUUA